CGGGCCUAUUUAAUGUCGUUUUUGUCGAGCACUAGGACAGAUAAGAGCAAUAUGAGCUGGAUUUCAGUCGGAAUUUUCUUGCUGGGGCUGGCAAGUGCAGUUGGUCAAAUUCCAGGCGGAUGGACAGAGACUCAAAUCGUAGAUGAGUACACAAGACAAAUAGUAUUUCUGGUAAAGAAUGAUAUUCUACAAUCACUCUCUUCAAACGGGAUCCCUGUCUACCAGUUCGUCCCCCUUCUUUUUAGGUCCCGUGUUGCUACUGGAUCAUUUUAUCUUGUCAAGAUAAGAAUAGGAUACGGGCGGUACAUACAUGUGGAGAUCUAUCGCCAUUUCUCUGGUACACCGACUCGACUAGAGGCAGUACAAGUCGGGCACACAAAGACGUCUCCCCUAGUAAAUUUCCGCCCCUCGUGACGUCAUGUGUCAGCAUACUGAAAGUCUGCUUUGCUGAUGUUAUGAAUAAAAUUUUCUUCC